GUACAACACAUUACAUAAGUGAUCAACUUUAACCGUUUAUCACUCCACUCAGCUUUUUUCUCCCCGCGCUUAUUUCCACAAUCAUAUUCUCUUUUUUCUUUCAUCAACUUCUUCACUUCCUUACGUAAUUUCUCCUUAAAGCAACACUCUCCACAAACAAAAACAAAAACAAAAAACUUUCUCACUUUGUUAUUUUCUCCUUACUCUGUUUCUUAACAAAACAAACAUGGUUGCUCUGUUUUUUCUCUUCAUAGUCACACUCUUAACAACUUCAACCUCAUCAAUCUCCGACACCAACUCAUUCAUCUUCGGUGGUUGUUCUCGUCUCAAAUACUCGCCGGGUUCGGCUUAUGAAACCAGCGUUAACUCAGUCCUAACUUCGCUAGUUGAUUCAGCAGCCUUUACUACAUACAACAAAUUCACCGGCACCGCCGCGUCGGAAACUGUCUACGGUCUUUUUCAAUGUCGUGGAGAUUUAAACAAUGAUCAGUGUUCAACCUGUGUAGCGCGUGCAGUGAGUCAACUCGGUACACUCUGUUUCGCUACUUACGGUGGCGCGUUACAGCUUGAAGGAUGUUUCGUAAAAUAUGAUAAUGUUUCGUUUUUUGGCGUAGAGGAUAAAACAGAAGUGACCAAGAAAUGUGGACCGUCGAUUGGGUUGACUUCUGAUGCGUUUACUCGAAGGGAUGGUGUGCUGGCAUAUUUACAGUCGUCCGAUGGGAGUAAUAAAAAUUUUAUGACAAAUUCGGUUGGGGAUUUUAAGGGUGUGGCGCAGUGUACGGGGGAUUUGAGUACCAGCAAGUGUCAGGAUUGUGUUUCGGAAGCAAUCCAACGGUUGAAAAGUGAGUGUGGAGCUUCCACGUGGGGUGAUAUGUAUUUGGCCAAGUGCUACGUGCGUUAUUCGGAAGGUGGAGAUCACUCGCGUGGUAGUAACGUAGAUGAUAGCAAUCACAAUGAUGAUGAAAUUGAGAAGACACUAGCCAUACUAAUUGGACUCAUUGCUGGUGUUGCUCUAAUCAUAGUUUUCCUUUCCUUCUUGAAUAAGGUCUGCGAAAAGCAAAGAGGUGGUAAAUAAAGAAUAUAUUAUAUAUAUGGAUAGUAAUAACAUUGAAAAUUUGUCCCUGCUAUUUUUUUUUGUUGUUGGUAUUUUCCUUUGUAAGUUUCCAGCACAAUUCCCUUUUAUAAAAAGAUUGCUCAGUGAAGAAGGUAUAGAUAGAAAGAUCUUUGUGGAAAAAGUGGUUCUUUACAUAAUGAGUUACAAUAAGGUGAAAAGACUCAGAUUCCACUCU